AAGUUGGGGGUACGAAGUUAAGCUGGGCUUAAGUUGUGCAGAUAAUGUGGACAUUCAAGAUUCAGUCUCUAGCUCCUGAUAUAUUUAGAGGUCUAAUUCUGAAGUAUCACGUAAUUGUUAAAGACCGAAAGUGUUGACCAGUUUCUACAUUCAAUACUUUUUAUUGAAGGAGGAAGCUUGCUUUUUGCCCUAAAUUUCUCCUGGUAUUCUGAGAAACAAUAGCUUCAAUCAGGUUGUAUAAGCGUAAACACAAUCCGCGCGAAGUUCAAAUAAUCAACUGAUACAAAUUUAUCAAUGUCUUUGUCGGUAUCUCCCAUCUGCUCGUUCCGGAAGCUGAGUAGGAGCUGGACAGGGAGAGGGAGAGGGAGAGGAGUUUCAACACCAUAUAUUCUUCUUCCCACCUCUAUGUUGGGGUUCAAGAAUACCACGGAAUCUGCUUCACUUUCCUACACGAAUAAGAAGAAGAAGGGGGACGUGCUGCAUUUUGUGAAAUACCAUGGUAUUGGCAACGACUUUAUCAUGGUUGACAAUCGGGAUAGCCUGGAGCCUCGGAUAUGUGCAGACCAGGCGAUUGAGUUGUGCAAUCGGAAUUUUGGGGUUGGGGCAGAUGGAGUCAUUUUCACAAUGCCUGGAGUCGAUGGUACUGACUAUUCCAUGAGAAUUUUCAACUCUGAUGGAAGCGAGCCGGAGAUGUGUGGAAAUGGAAUUCGUUGCAUGGCUCGUUUUGUAGCAGAACUUGAAAAUUCAGAUGUGCCUCGAAGUUACACCAUACAUACAGGAGCUGGUCUUAUUGUUCCCAAAAUUCAAGCGGAUGGAAAGGUUAUAGUUGAUAUGGGUCAACCAAUUCUGAGUGCAGCAGAUAUACCAACAAAUCUACCAGGGAGGGAUGAUGGAGCAGUUGUCAAAAGUGAAUUGUUGGUGAAUGGGAAAACAUGGAUAGUCACCUGUGUUAGCAUGGGCAAUCCUCAUUGUGUGACCUUUAGUCAUAAAGAUUGUGAGGCACUUGAUGUAAACUCAUUACAUUUGGAGCAUCUUGGUCCAUUGUUUGAGCACCAUGAGAUGUUCCCUGCAAGAACUAAUACAGAGUUUGUUCAGGUUCUCUCCUCUAGACAUUUGCGAAUGCGGGUUUGGGAGCGGGGUGCAGAUGAUAUAUUAGUAGAUUUGACUUUUGCAGGAGCAACACUGGCCUGUGGGACUGGUGCCUGUGCUCUUGUUGUUGCAGCAGUUUUGGAAGGUCGUUCAGAAAGGAAAUGUUUGGUUGAUUUGCCUGGAGGCCAGCUAGAGAUUGAAUGGAAUGAGAAAGAUAAUCAUGUAUACAUGACUGGAUCAGCUGAAAAAGUGUUUUCUGGAACAGCAUUUUUGUAGAUCUAUCAGUUCAUAGCACCGAGCUUUGAUUUGUCUAGUUCAUGGUUGUAUUGGUUAGCUGUAGAUUUCUAAUUUGACAAUGCCAUUGCUACCUACUCAAUCUUUAUGUGCCUUACAUAGCAAUAUUGUUUGUGUCAAUUCCAGCAUUACUUUGUAACGAAAUACUCAAUUUGUACUAUGCUAUACUUCUAGUAUGAUGUGUGAGGUUAUGAAAUUGCUGCCUUAAGGCAUUUGUAUAACUCAUGUUUAGAUAUUGGGCCCAAUGGGUAAUUUUGUAAUGUUUCAACUAAAAAUGAUUAACAUGUGAAAUAUUCUAUAUUUGGUUUUCA